UCUGGAAAACAGAACUCAGAACAAAUGGACAUACAGGAUAUCAAAUGUGAUUUGAAAAAAACCCUAGUAAAUGGAAUCUGUGAUUUUGAUAAAGGAGAUGGUUCUCAUUUAAGCAAAAACAUUCCAAAUCACAAAACUUCCAAUCAUGUAGGAAAUGGUGAGAUAUCUCCAGUGGAACCACAAGGAACUUUAGAUGCCACUCAGCAAGAUACUGCCAAAGGUGAUCAGCUAGAAAGAAUUUCUAAUGGACCUGUAUUAACUUUGGGUGGUUCACCAUCUAUGAGCAGUAUACAGGAGGCUUCAAAUGCGGCAAUACAGCAUUUUAGUGGUACUGAUUUGCCUAAUGGACCUCUAGCUUCAAGUUUGAAUUCAGAUGUGCCUCAGCAACGCCCAAGUGUAGUUGUCUCACCACAUUCUACAACCUCUGUCAUACAGGGGCAUCAAAUCAUAGCAGUUCCCCACUCAGGAUCAAGAGUGUCCCAUUCUCCUGUCCUAUCAUCAGAUGUUCGGUCUACAAAUGGCACAGCAGAAUGCAAAACUGUAAAGAGGCCAGCGGAGGAUAAUGAUAGGGAAACAGUCGCAGGAAUUCCAAAUAAAGUAGGAGUUAGAAUUGUUACAAUCAGUGAUCCCAACAAUGCUGGCUGCAGUGCAACAAUGGUUGCUGUUCCAGCAGGAGCAGAUCCAAGCACUGUAGCUAAAGUAGCAAUAGAAAGUGCUGUUCAGCAAAAGCAGCAGCAGCCACCAACAUAUAUACAGAAUGUGGUCCCACAGAACACUCCUAUGCCACCUUCACCAGCUGUACAAGUGCAGGGCCAGCCUAACAGUUCUCAGCCUUCUCCAUUCAGUGCAUCCAGUCAACAUGCAGAUCCAAUGAGAAAACCUGGGCAGAACUUCAUGUGUCUGUGGCAGUCUUGUAAAAAGUGGUUUCAAACACCCUCACAGGUUUUCUACCACGCAGCUACUGAACAUGGAGGCAAAGAUGUAUAUCCAGGGCAGUGUCUUUGGGAAGGUUGUGAGCCUUUUCAGCGACAGAGGUUUUCCUUUAUAACCCACUUACAGGAUAAGCACUGUUCAAAGGAUGCCCUGCUUGCAGGAUUAAAACAAGAUGAGCCAGGACAAGCAGGAAAUCAAAAAUCUUCUACCAAGCAACCAGCUGUAGGAGGCACAAGCUCAACUCCUAGAGCACAAAAGGCCAUUGUGAACCAUCCCAGUGCUGCACUCAUGGCUCUCAGGAGAGGAUCAAGAAACCUUGUCUUUCGAGAUUUUACAGAUGAAAAAGAGGGACCAAUAACUAAACACAUCCGACUAACAGCUGCCUUAAUAUUAAAAAAUAUUGGUAAAUACUCAGAAUGUGGUCGCAGGUUGUUAAAGAGACAUGAAAACAAUUUAUCAGUGCUAGCC